AUGGCUCAGAUUAAUAAUACAAUUCCAUUAAAAGUUGUAACUCGUCAACCAAGUGGAAGACGAUGGCGUGCUCAUGCUCCAGAUUAUGAUGAAGAAGUAGCACGCGUUCAUCUGUUUAAACCUUCUCUAUCACCCACCCACACUGACAAGAGACGUGUGGCAAUUUAUUACACGUGUGAAAAACUUGCAUUGUUCAAGUUUUUUAAUUGGAUGGACAAAAAAAAAAGAGAAAAUUCUCUUCAAGAAAAACAUGCUUUUUACUUUGCCACGGGAUGCUGUGUAUUCUGGGGGCUGACACGAGAAGAAGAGGCUCGGCAUCUUAUGAUGCUGACUCCGUUUUCGUCGGGGAUGAUGGAUCAAGUCGAUGCACAAGUCAUGGAAUUUAGCUAUGGAGACCGAUCCAGUAUCGCUAGGGAUGCCAUUAUACUCUGCAUGAUAAGUGUGGCGGAAAAAAUGGCUCUAUCUUUUGCGAUGUCACAGUCAGCAACGCUGAGUGCCUUUGAGACUCGUGUUGAAGAUCGUAUUCGAUCGACAAAGCACAUCCCAUCCAGGCUUGCAUCAGUUGGAUCAAUUCAGUACUCUCAAGAAGACAUGUCAAAGCUCAUCGGUCAGCUUUUCAUCGAGCUUGCCGAUGUAAACAUCCAUUCCAACAUUUUGGAUGAACCGGAAUACUUUCUCAAAUCGCAAGAUAAUGACGACUUCAAGUACUUGUACGAGAGAAUGCUCAAGUACCAGGACGUGGCCAACCGUGUGGCCAUCUUGAACAAGCGUCUCAGCAUCAUCCGCGACUUGGUGGGUGUUUUGAACCAACAAUUGACACAACAUCAAGGAUCCAAGCUUGAGUGGAUUAUCAUCUGGAUGCUUGUGUUUCAAGUUGUCAUUGCUAUCGGAUGGGAGAUUAUUCUUAAAGACGUUUUAGGCUAUUUCCAUUGGGGGUGA